AUGGUGCUGACUUCACAGUCGUCAGUCCACAUUCUGGAGCUGAAACUCCUCAAUGAGGAGGAAGACCGAGCCUGGAUGGCCGACACGUUCGGGAUUCGGAGGAUUUAUGUCGGCGGCGCGGAGUUGACGAGUUAUGACGUGUAUGGAGGGGUGAUGGAGGUCCAGCGCGUACAUGGAGGAACCAUUCGUAUGCCCUACGCACCUCCACGAUUUCAGAUUCCCCAGGAUGAUGGUUCGAGGGUCUCUUCUAUGGAGCUCGACCCAUCUGAAGAAGUAGUGUCCAAGCCUCAAGCGCCGGCCAAGGAGCAGCGGAAUGGGUGGCUUGAGGGUUCUGAUGGAGACCCUGCCAAUCCAGAAGGGAGGGACGCCAAGAAGAGAGUUGAGGGUAAACGAAGUGCAGAUGUUUCAGAGUGCGUGUUCGCGUCUGAAGCAAGAUCUAAGAAAGACUUAGCAUGGCAUGAUGUUGCAAUGUGUCGCAACUUCAGAUAUUCGAGGGCUGGCAAACUUGAAGUUCUUGUACGAUAUGUUGGUUUUGGCAAGGUGGAGGAUGAGUGGGUGAAUGUGAAAAACGAGAUGCGAGAGAGAUCUAUCCCAUUGGAACCUUCAGAUUGUCCCAAGGUGAAGGAUGGAGAUCUUGUACUAUGUUUCCUGGAAAGGGGUGAUUAUGGCCUCUACUUUGAUGCUCGUGUAGUAAGAAUCCAGAGGAGGCUACACGAUGCGACAGAUUGCACAUGCAUCUUCACUGUUCGGUUUCUCCAUCACAACUCUGAGGAAGAAAUUCAUUGGAAAGGGUUAUGCUAUAGGCCUACACAAGGCAAUUCUACACAAGAGAUGUUUGUUGUCUUUCAUAACUCCCCAAAACCUACAAAAGAGAAAUCUAAUGUCGCCCAUAACUCCCCAAGACCAACCAUAGAACCGAGCCUAAGUGACAUCGAGAACUUGUGGCCAUGA